CAUACAGAUUUGUUUCCUUAAAUUCUAGAAAAUCAAAGACUUUCUCACAUCGAUGGAUGAUUAGAAACGACGACUCACGCAUUUCGAAACGUUUGGAGAAAUUUCUCUUGAGAGACUAAUCAGACCUUUCUUCUCCGUCCAAAGUUACGAUGGCAGAGGGAAGCGCCGCUUCGCGUUACGUGAAAUUGAGGAAAGAGCAGGCUCCCGUGGAAGAUAUCACCCCCGGCGAACUCAACCAGCCCAUUGAUGUUCCUCAGUUGAACGUUCGCAAGUGCCAUGAAUGUAUGCAAGUUCUUCCUGAAACCUAUGAACCUCCUUCUGAUGAAAACUGGACUACUGGCAUUUUCGCUUGCGCUGAAGACCCCGACAGCUGCAGGACUGGUCUCUUUUGUCCCUGUGUACUGUAUGGGCGUAACAUCGAAGCUGUGAGGGAAGAGAUUCCUUGGACUCAACCAUGUGUGUGCCAUGCUGUCUGUGUUGAGGGAGGAAUGGCACUUGCAGCGGUGACCGCACUCUUCAGUGGCUACAUUGAUCCUCAAACAACAGUCGUCAUUUGCGAAGGCCUCUUCUUUGCGUGGUGGAUGUGUGGAAUCUACUCUGGCUUGUUCCGCCAAGAACUCCAGAAGAAGUAUCAUCUCAAGAAUGCGCCGUGUGAUCACUGCAUGGUUCACUGUUGCUUGCAUUGGUGUGCUCUGUGUCAAGAACACAGGGAGAUGAAGAAUCAUCUCUCUGAUGCAGAUGCUUCUUCUUCAACUACUAUGGAUCCUCCUCCAGUUCAAGCAAUGAACACCGAAGGGAACAAAGACGCUUCGUCUUCUUCUUCAUCAUCAUCGUCUCCAUCAUCCGCCAAAAGCCAACACAAUGAUCUCGAGAUGGUCCCUCUUUAGAAAACAUUCCUGCUGCUGCGUGUGCUCGCUAACGUUUUUGUGCAGAGAAGUUUUCGUACCAGCUGAUUAUGUUGGUUUUACAGAUGCAAGUUUUAUUCUAAGACCAAGUUCAUUAGUAUUUUUUUUUUACAUUUUACUGAACUUAACUUUUGAGAUCAUUGAAUGUCUUUGGAUAUGGAAGUAAAUUAUUUAUUUUAGUUAUCGUUA